GUGCGAGUGAUUGAGGGGAAAGAGGUCCUGCCAGCGCCGCACCCGAUCCCCCACUUUCGCAUCCAAAAUGGCCUGCUUUACUGUGUCGCGCAGCGGAGGGGGGAGGAAAAGUCACUACUAGUAGUUCCAAAAGCCAAGACGGAGGUUGUAAUGGAGCUAGCCCACGCCCACCCGAUGGCCGGCCACCUCGGAGUACAGAAUACCACCCAGCGGAUCAGGGACCGUUUCCACUGGCCAGGCCUGGAGGCCGAUGUGAGACGGUUCUGUCAAGCCUGUCCGACCUGCCAACGGACCUCUCCGAGGACUCCUCCCCCCAGCCCGCUGAUUCCUCUGCCCAUCAUCGAGGUGCCCUUUGAGCGCAUCGGGAUGGACCUGAUAGGGCCGUUGCCGAAGUCCGCCCGAGGCCACGAACACAUCCUGGUGAUUGUCGAUUAUGCCACCCGGUACCCGGAAGCGAUCCCCCUUCGUAAGGCCACCUCCAAGGCCGUCGCCCAGGAGCUGUUUCUCCUGAGUAGCCGAGUCGGCAUCCCAGCGGAGAUACUGACUGACCAAGGCACGCCGUUCAUGUCCCGGCUAAUGGCGGAUCUCUGUCGACUCCUAAAAGUCAAGCAGCUCCGGACCACGGUGUACCACCCACAGACGGACGGAUUGGUAGAAAGAUUCAACCAAACCCUCAAGCAGAUGCUCCGCCGUGUGGCGGCCGAGGACAAGCGCGACUGGGACCGGAUGUUGCCCUAUGUGCUUUUCGGGAUCCGGGAGGUCCCCCAGGCCUCCACUGGUUUUACCCCCUUCGAGCUACUAUUCGGUCGCCAACCUCGAGGGCUCCUGGACAUCGCGAGGGAGGCGUGGGAGCAACAGCCGGCCGCCUUCCGCUCCACCAUCGAGCAUGUCCGCGACAUGAGGGAGAGGAUAGACAGAGUGAUGCCGUUAGUCCGGGAACACCUCACCAAGGCCCAACAAGCUCAGCAACGUCUCUACAACCGGGCAGCCCAACCACGGGAGUUCCAGCCCGGGGAUCAUGUGAUGGUCUUAAUACCCACCGCCGCUUGCAAAUUCCUGGCCACCUGGCAGGGGCCGUACACCGUUACUGAACGAAUCGGGCCAGUCACCUACCGGGUUCGCCAGCCCGGCCGCCGACGGGAGGAACAACUUUACCACGUUAACCUCUUGAAACGAUGGGUCGGCCCUUGCCACCUCGGAUCCCGUGGUUGUGGACCUCAACCCCAUCUCUCGGCUGCCCAGAAGACGGAGCUUCAACAUCUGGUCAGUCAGUUCUCUGAUGUGUUCUCACCACUGCCCGGGCGGACCAGCGUCCUCCAGCACGACAUCCGCGUCCCGACGGGGACCAUCGUGAGGCAGCGGCCCUACCGUGUCCCAGAGGCUCGGCGACACGCAAUUGAGGACGAGAUACAGGAGAUGUUGAAGUUAGGGGUAAUUGAACCAUCCCGGAGCCCUUGGUCCAGCCCUGUCGUUAUGGUCCCGAAGCCGGAUGGCACCCUCCGCUUCUGCAAUGACUUUCGACGCUUGAAUGAGGUAUCGGAAUUUGACAGCUACCCCAUGCCCCGCGUAGAUGAGUUGAUUGACCGCCUGGGGAGAGCCCGGUUCAUCUCCACUCUCGACCUCACAAAGGGAUACUGGCAGGUCCCGCUGACCGAAAGCGCCAAACCCAAGACCGCCUUUUCGACCCCCAGUGGCCACUGGCAGUACCGGGUUCUCCCCUUCGGCCUACACGGGGCCCCCGCCACGUUCCAACGUCUAAUGGAUGUCCUACUACGGCCCCACCAGGCCUACGCGGCGGCCUAUCUGGACGAUGUCAUCAUUCAUGCGGAGAGCUGGGAGGAACACCUCGAACGGUUGCGGAGGGUGCUCAUGGAACUUCGUCGGGCUGGACUGACUGCCAACCCCCGGAAGUGCCACCUUGCCCUUUACGACGCCAAGUACCUGGGUUUCCAGGUGGGAAGGGGUAUCGUCCGACCCCAGGAAAAGAAGGUGGCGGCUAUCCUCUCAGCACCGGUGCCUACAACCAAAACUCAGGUACGAGCCUUUUUGGGGUUGGCAGGGUAUUACCGCUGUUUUAUCCCUAACUUCUCCUCCUUAGCUGCUCCCCUGACAGACCUGAUCCGGAAGGGGCAGCCCGAGAAGAUCAUUUGGAGCCAGGAGACGGACCAAGCGUUCAAACGAGUGAAGGAGGCACUCACGACUGAGCCCAUCCUACGGGCCCCAGAUUUCAGCUGCCCCUUCCUGUUACAGACGGACGCGUCCGACACCGGGUUGGGAGCCGUCCUCUCCCAGGUAGUUGACGGCGAGGAACACCCGGUGGUCUACAUCAGCCGGAAGCUGACCCCCGCUGAACGUCGCUACGCCACGGUCGAGAGAGAAGCGUUGGCCGUUAAGUGGGCAGUCCUGGAGCUCCGAUAUUACCUCCUGGGCCGGAAGUUCACCCUCCUCACAGACCACGCUCCCCUCCAGUGGAUGGCCCGGGCUAAAGAUACAAACGCCCGAGUGACGCGGUGGUUCCUGGCGCUCCAGGACUUCCACUUCGACGUACAACAUCGAGCGGGAACGGCCAACGCCAACGCAGACGGACUCUCCGUGGCUGGGCAGCUGCAGGUCUGUCAGGGUUCAACUCCCACCCACCCCUUCUUCCCGUUGUGUAGGAACACCAGGACAACGCUUGGGGAGUGUGACACGUGUCCCGAGCCGUCAUCAGCGUCGCCCUGGCAACAAACUGUGCACACCUGCACCCCGCAUCAGCGGCAGACCGGUCACACCUGGAGCUCAUCAGAAGCCACCCUUUUUAAGCCACACUUCACGCACACUCUGGUGAGUUCCACGGAAGCCUCCCGCCUAAUGUUGUUCUCUCUCUCCUCUUCAAACAGAAGACAGCGUGUGACCGGUCCCCACCGAACCACAGAGCACUGCACCGAUCCACCCCUUCAGAAGCACGAAAGGAUUGAGUUGGAACACUGCACGGAGCACCGCACCCCGAACUCACCAUUUGUCACAAAUAAAUCCACCCUCCGGGGUUUUCUUGACUGCAAAACAGUCUCAUUGUCGCGGCCGCUCCUCCCUCCCAGCAUGGAAGAACUCCUCAAACAUCUCACGGAGGUGAGCAUCCGCCAGCAACAAAUAAUGGAGCACGUGGCCUCUCGACAAGGCGAGACAGAGCGGGGACUCGCCGAGCUCCGUUUUGCCGCCGCCCAGCGUAUCCCGCUCCCCGAGUGCGGGCGACCCAACUCCUCCCUAAAAUGA